AUGAACCCAGUUCAACCGACACCACCUCCUCCCGAGCUCAUCAAGGGUAGUCUUGCCUCAGGCGAAGGUAUCCUCUGCCUUGGUCUUCCUCGGAGCGGCGCCCUGUCUAUUGUCACAGCACUUCGGCAGCUAGGCUAUUCCCAUGUUCACCAUGGAGCUGAACAAGUCUUCGAUUCAACAAAUUGGGAGGCUUCUAUACGCGCGUCGCGUGCCUGCUUUCCUGUGUGGAAUGUAGGUGGCAACCAAGGAUCCUCAUCUUUCUCAAAGGCAGAUUGGGACGCAUUCUUAGGGCAUUAUCAAGUCGUCAGUGAUUUUGCGGGUUUCUACGGAUCACAUAUAGCGAAGGUAUAUCCAACAGCCAAGGUUAUUCUAGUCCAACGCCCGUUCGAGUCAUGGUAUGCUUCUUUCGAUGCCGCAAUACUACAGGCACUCUUCCAACCAGUCCGUGCAUUUCUUUUUCAGCGGCUCAUAGCACCUGUAACGGGAAUCACUGCAUUCACUGCCCAUCCGUACAUUGUGUUUGGAAGCUUUAAAGCGCACAAUGUAGAUGAAACAAGGCUCAAUGCUCGAGCAGUGUACGACGAGCACUAUGCAGCAGUGAGAAAGAUUGUUCCGCCAGAAAAUUUACUGGAGCUGAACCUUGAGGAUGGAUGGGCUCCAUUGUGUAAUUUUCUUGGGAAGGAGAUUCCGGACACGCCGUUCCCACAUGUCAACGACCGAAAGAAUAUGCUUACCAUGUGUUUGGAUAUUGGCUUUCGCAGCAAGGCAUCACAAUUUCCAGCAUAUCUCAGCUAA